AGUUACAGUGCUGAAGCCGAAGGCCAAGAAUUAACCAGCUCUUCAGCCAAGCAAAUCUUCUACUCACUAUGCUUCCUUCUGCCAUUCAUUUUUAUCUCUUUCCCCUUGCAUGCAUCCUAAUGAAAAGCUGUUUGGCUUUUAAAAAUGAUGCCACAGAAAUCCUUUAUUCACAUGUGGUUAAACCUGUUCCAGCAAACCCCAGCAGCAACAGCACGUUGAAUCAAGCCAGAAAUGGAGGCAGGCAUUUCAGUACCACUGGACUGGAUCGGAACACUCGGGUUCAAGUGGGUUGCCGGGAACUUCGUUCCACUAAAUACAUUUCCGACGGCCAGUGUACUAGCAUCAGUCCUCUGAAAGAGCUUGUAUGUGCCGGCGAAUGCUUGCCCCUACCAGUGCUCCCCAACUGGAUCGGGGGAGGCUAUGGAACAAAGUAUUGGAGCCGGAGGAGUUCCCAGGAGUGGAGGUGUGUCAAUGACAAAACGCGCACCCAGAGAAUCCAGUUGCAGUGCCAAGAUGGCAGCACGCGCACCUACAAAAUCACGGUGGUCACCGCCUGCAAGUGCAAGAGGUACACCCGGCAGCACAAUGAGUCCAGUCACAACUUCAAGAGUAUGCCGCCUGCCAAGCCAGCCCAGCAUCACAGAGAGCGGAAAAGAGCCAGCAAAUCCAGCAAGCACAGCAUGAGUUAG